GGGGCUGUGCAAUACAGGCUAGGUAUAUAGUCUCUUCAAGAGGUCAUAACUGCUCUGCGCCGCAAAAGUGAUCGAACGCACCUCUAACUACGACUGAUCUGUCUUGCUUGAUUCUCGCAGAAGCCAAACGUACACGCUGACUACCAUCAUGUCUUUGGCCAACCCACAGCCCCUGACUCCCGAGGGCAGCGUAGAGGCGUUCUACGUCCAUGGGCCGUAUGUGCUCAUCUUCAGCAAAACCAGUGUCGACAUCUGGCGGACAGGCGGCCCGCACGGGCACCUCGAGCAUAUCGCGGCCCUCGCCCAGUUCGUACUAGUUAUGCCGUAUCAUCUUGACCCCGUCUUUGACACCGACCGCAACCUCAUCAUCAUCGUCGAUGGCGCUCGGGAACAUAACACACCUUCCCUCCUCGUCUUCAGCCUCGUCGACGGUCGGCUCAUCCGCAAACUCGAAUUGUACGGCACCAUGGCAGAGGACUACCCCCUAUACGCCGACGGCAAGAUCCUGGUCAACAUUGAAGAAGAUAAGGAACACUUCCCGCCCUAUGGCAUUACCAAGAUCUUGCUCUGCGACGUCGUGGGGGAUGGUGGUGUCCUUAGUAGUGUCAACCUUCCUGCACGCCUCCAGGCUCGCGAGCAGAUGCGAAGGAACACGAACGGAGGUGUGCUGCUGCCCGUCCAUGUCCGGCCGAACGGCGAUAUCUUCGCGACGUCCACCGAGCAAUGGGGCGACAAGAUGGAGGUCCUAUGCUGGCGUGGGGCGGACGUUCCGAAGUCCCCGGAGCCAGCCGCGAGCUUCACGCUCGAGGUCGGAGUCGAGGACGGCGAUGACAUCUUUCCGACGUGCAGCACGCCUCUGGACGAGGAGACAUUCUUGCUCGCCGUCUAUGAGGCGGAUGGUGACGUGAUUGCGACGCAGUCCGCCUGCCAGACGUCGAUUUACGCCAUCGACGUGGAGACCAUGACUAUCCGGUGGCACGCGAAGCCCAAUGGAGGUUCGGUGCACACCAUUCGGUACGUCGCUGCGCUGGACGUCAUCGUCGCCUUCGGACAGCACGACAAUGGCGAUGGUAUCAAGAGCGACAGGUUCAAUUACGUAGUUGUCCUCGAUCCCGCGACUGGUAGCCAGCGGCGGAUGGAGACGAUCAGCCACGGCGUGCAGGGUAGUCCAGUAGAAUACGGCGGCCUCAGUCCGACUGCAGAUGACUUCCUAGUUGUGAUUGUUUUCCGCGACGGGUCAACGUGCGCUGUCGACUUGAAGCAUUUCCUCGAGCAUGGCUUCCCGAGGUUAGGAGAGCGGGUAGCGGUUUCCGGGUCGCCGCUGGGAGAGCGGUCCAAUAUCACAAAGGCAGUCGUGUCUGGGCAGACGGUGAUCGUUACCGUCGGCCAUGGCAGCCAGUCUCGUAGCAUGUAUUUCACUCUCCCGUAAAACGAUCUAGGACAUCAUAGGACGAAGUGGGAGUGAUUCCUCCAGAGUACUGCGCUACUUCUCCUGAUUCAGUCACUUUUCGCGUACUGCUGUACUGAUGCUUGUUCUUCGCUUGAAACAGAUUUGCUGGACGGAGUCGACGAGUAGAAAGUGUUAGAAACCGACAGGAAAGCAAGCACUCAGCACGCACACGUCGACCUACAAUCCUCUCCAAUCGACGG